AUGAAUAUUUGCGAUUUUAUCGUAGAAUAAUCAAGUGUUGAGAAAAAUUUAUGUCUCAUUUAGCCAGAUCCUGGUAAAUAACAGACAAUGUAGAGGAUUAAGAAAGGAAAGAGCAUUCAGCAGUAGAAUUCAUAUACAUACAAAAAAAUAUAAUCAGUGCUUAGCGAUGAUAAGACGAUUGAUAAAAAAAAGAAGAAAAAAUCCUCUGAUUAGUAGGGAAAAAUCUUCAUUUAAGAUCUAAUGCAGAUGACCUUAUAAAAAUCUGAUUUUAGAAAAAAGCAGUCAAUAGGAGUAGAUGAUUUACUCUAAUUUGGAGACUAAGUCAUAUGGACAGAAAAUUCUUUGAGCUCAGAUGAAGAAAACGGUUAAAAUGAUGAGGCUAAAUUGCAGUAGGUUGAUGAAGAAGAAGAUGAAGGAAAGCACUAAUUAAAUAAUUCAGUUUUUAAUUAUUACAGAUAAGAGAAAUAUUAGCUUUAAGUUAUUGAAGAUGGUAACUUCAACAAUGGAGGAGUAUCUCUGCAGAUUGACUUCGAUAAAAAAAUAAUCAAAGCAGUUAAGUAAGUCAAGAACUUGGAAUUUUUCUAAAGGGAAAUCAAGGCCUUGUAGGAAUUUUAAAGAAAAGGUUGUUUUGUUGAUGCUGCUGCUGUUUCUUUGAAAUUACUUGAUUAUGACACUAACAAUCUAGUUUUCAGCUAAAAAGCUGGCUUCAUAAGCUAUAAACAAAUAAACAAAAUUGUACAUAUUAAAAAAUUGCAAGAUAAUUACAAACUGCCUUUUGAGUAUUUUAUCCUCAAACAAAUGUAUUUUCUCAAUAAGAAACUAGAACUUAUGAAUAAUUUCUUCAAGAUUGCACAUAGUGAUAUAAAACCAAAUAACAUCGUCAUAGGUUUCGAUUUUAUACCUUAUUUUAUUGAUUUGGGUGGUGCUGUAUUUAUAGAUGACGAACCAAAUGAAUAUUUAACCCUAUGUACACCAACAUUUGUGCCUGCAAAAUACAUAGAUUGUGAGUAAUUUGAUGAAAAAUCUAUUAAAGAAUGUGAAAAAUAAUCUUUAAUGUUAGUAUUUUUAUUCAUGCUAUGCAGAAAUUAGGAUGAGAACAAGCUUUUUUAUCAGCGUAAAUAUGGCUAACUUUUAGAAGUACUUAAGAAGUUCUAUUCUUAGGAUUUGAUGAACAUUUUUGAAAAAUCUAUUAUAUAUGAAGAUUAUGAAGGUGUAGAAACUAUGGUUAAAGAAAUAUUAGACAACAAUUUAAUAUAAUAUGUAGAGAAUUUAGAUUAGAUUAUGCUAUUUUUAAGCGAGUUGAAGCAAUUCGAUUACUCCACUAAUCAAAAUCUGUAUGUCAUAAAAGAGUGGGAUCAGUUCAAUAUCAACAUUUUAAAAAUAUUUCCUUGCCUUUUAUAUGAAAUUGAUCUAUUAGAAAUCAGCGAAAACUAAAAGAUUUAUGAUUACUUCUGUAAUAAUAAUUAGCUUGACAUAUUUGUUGACAUCAAUAAGCCUUUUUUUAUCAACUUUCUCAAUAUCUUUUUAGAGCUCUCUACAGAUUGUCAUACAUUGAAGAUAUUAAAUUUAUCUCCCUAGCAGAAUUCAGAAAAAUUUAAUGUGAGUGACUUAAUUCAUAAAGAUGGCAAAACUUUGUAAAUUAGAAUGAAUUUUAAUAUUUUCAAUUAUUAAAAUGAAGAUAUUGAUGAAAAUUAAUUUAACUAUGGAGACUCUUCAAAAGCCAAAGUUCCUUCACUUAAUUUUAAAAAUAUUUUGGAUUUAAUUGAUACUCUUUACAUUAUUUCUUAUGAAGAAACUAUUGAUUUCAAAUACUUUUCUGGAAUUAACUCUUUUUAUAGUAAAUGUCGUCUUCAAGAAAUAAAGAUUAAAUGUAAGGAUAUUUCUAUCAAUUUGUUUUAAGAUUUUUUAAAUGAGCAAACAAAUCUGCGAGUAUUUCAUAUGUUUGUUGUCGAUUAUUAGUAUAAAUUAAAAUUCCCCGAUUUGCAACAGAAAAAUCAGCUCAGUAAAUUAAAAUCUAAUUUCUAGAUAACAAAUUUGGAUUCUGUUAUCGAAGAAAAUGCAGAAAGUCUUUAGGAUUUAGAAAUUACUAUAAAUGCUGGUGAAGACAGAUCUCCACUUUAUACAUAGCUUUCAAAGCUAAAUUUUUUAGUUAAAAUAUCACUAAGAGUGCAAUAUAUUAAAAUUCCAAAUGUUUCUGCCUUAGCAACCAAAAUGCCUAAUUCUUCUUCUAUUAACUGCUACGGACUAAACAGGAUGGGAUCUCUCCCAAGAAAAAAUAGUAAUUAAUUUCCAUAUCUUAGUUAAGAUUUUUACGAUUUACUCAGCUAAGUUUUUAGUAAAAUGAAAAUUCCUGUUGUAAAAUUAAACUUUUCUGAAAGUCUGCUCAAUAACCAAGACAUACAGCAAAUAAAUCGCUGCAUCAAAUCUUCACUUAAUGCAAAUGCUUCUUAAUAAUUAAACUUACCACACACACUAAAGCUAAAUUUAAAUAUGCAGUCGAAGCAAGUUGAUGAAUAAAAUACAAGAAUGAUACUUAUUUCCCUCUUUUAAACUAAAAUCCAGCGCAUAAAAUUAUUAAUAAACAAUUCUGUGCAAUAAAGUAUUUCAAAAUAAGACAAUUCUACUAAAAAGUAAAUAAAAACAGCUUAAACUUUGCUUAAUUUCUUUCCUGUUGGUUAUAAAAAUGAAUCUCUGUAAAGAUUUUCUCUUCAUUUAUCUAAUUUCAAUGUUAACAUUCAAGCUAUUGUCAAUAACUUAAAUGCAUGCUAAAAAUAUAAAAUUAUCUUAAAUAGUUACAAUCACAGUGUGUUUACUAGCGUUGAAAAUAUUACUUUUUUAAAUGAAAAGCAAUAAUUUAUAAUUAAACCUUCUGAUCCUGCUCUUAAUUAGCAAUUUAAGUAUUUUAGUUCUGCUAACAAACAAAUAUAAAUCUCAGCAAAAAUAAAUAAAUACAGUCAAUUUAACUAUAACAAAAUUCAUACAAAUCCAAAUUUAAGAACAUUUACUCGGUCUCUCCAAAAAAGAAAUAGAAAUAAUUCUGAGUCCACUAAUGAUGGUAACGGCUUAUAGAUAACUAGCAAUCCUAGUAUCAGUGAAGAAUAAUCUCCUUCAAAUCUAUCUUAUCAAAAUAACCAGAGACUUGAAGACUACAUUGAUUUUAAAUCAAAUAGAUUGUUUUGCAUGAACCUAAACAGCUUUAAGAAUGAGUUAAAUAUCGAAACUGCUAACGUUUAAGACAGUCUCAGUGGCUUGGUGGAAUGCUUUAAAGUUAAUUAAAAGCUUAAAUCCGUCAGCUUAGACUUUACUAUCCCUUCCUUAUCAAAAAUCAUCCAAUCAAAUUUUCUUCAAAAUCUAUUUGAUAGCUUCAAAUAUAACCAAGUUGUAGAAGAAUUAUCAAUAAAUUUUUCUGGAAAUCAAAUAGAUUCUCUCAAGUGUCUUCAUGGAUGUCUGUCAUUUAACGAGACAUUAAAGUCAUUUUCACUUAACUUACAAAAUUGUAAUUUAUAUCCCGAGAGCUUGAUGGAAAUAGCAGAAGCAGUUCUUUCAAAUGAGAAUAUUGACUAUUACAAGUUUUCAUUACUUGAUAAUAUACAAUUAAGCUAUCCUCAUACUAUAAUCCACGAAUUGAAGUCUUCUAAACCUAACACAGAAAUAAUUCUUCUGUUUAAUAAUGUAAAAGAUUAUGAUUUGAUGUUCAAUUCUGGCAUAGUUCACUACAGCCCACAAAUUCUUUAAGAGCUUGAAAUAAAAUAAAAGUAGAGAAAACAAUUAAAAUACAAUUAUUAUGAAUAUGAAAAUACCAUAAAUGAUUUAACUAACACAAAUUUUGCUAUGUGUUCAAGAUAAUAAACAGUAAUUAUUAAUUAAGCCACUUUGUUUAAAAAUUAAAGUUCCCUAAACCCAAAUAGUCCAAUUUUCAAUCAUCGAAAGUAUAGUCUAAAUAAAUAGUAACAAAAUUAAAUAUCCUCACUGUUUAGCAAUACAAACACUUCUACGUUUUCAAAUCUAGUUUCUUCGCCACAAUUUUUAAAUAAUUAAAGCUCUCCAAAUAUGAAUUUUAUUUAAAAGCCUGCUAACUCAGCUAUUUUUAACCAAAGCAACCUCAAACAAGCUAAUGGCAUAUUAUCUACAUUAAAUAAUAAUAUAUCAUCUGUUUUUAAUAAUAACCCUCAAAAUCUGAGAAACAGAAAAAAAAAAUUGAGCAGAUUCUAAGAAGAGAAAAAUAGCAUGGAAUAAAGUGAAUAAUCCUUUAACAAUCCUUUGAACAGUAGUAUUAACAAUAAUUAGAAUAUGAAUGGGAAUGCAAAUAGCAAUAUUUUGAAUGCAAAUAAUUUUGGAAACAGCCAACUAAUUAAUGAAGAUUAUGAAGACAAUAUGAAUAUAAACACUCCAAAAACUAGGGCAAUAUGGAUGAGUAGAAAACUUAACCAAGCUAGAACAAGCUAAUAUAGUUCCCUUUCUAGACAUAAAUUACAUUCUGAAGUUGUAGAAAGGAGACCAAGUAACGCAAACACUCUUCUUGAAUUAAAUUCACCUCAAAGUUAGUAGCACAGAGCUAUCAGCAGCAUCUAAAAUCAUAACAAUUAAAAUUCUCUAGGAUAAAUUUUAGUAUAUCAUAAACGUAAGUAAAGAUUAACAAUAAUUAUCGAGGAAAACUAUAAUAUUAUAGCAUUAGAAGAGCUAGCAAAAAAGAACCCUGGCAUAAAAGAAAUUAAAUUUGCUUUAAAUGCUUCUACUUUAAAUUUAAAAUAUUUCCUCUCUGGUCUAUAGUUUAAUAAUAAUCUAUAAGGAAUAUCGAUAGCACUGAAUUUCUUGCCAUCAAAAGCUGAUUUUAAGACGAUCACAGAUAUUUUCUAAGUGCUGAAAGAAAAAUUAAAAAAAAUAUCACUUGAUUUUAGCAGAUAAAAAAUAGGCUAAGAAAAUAUAAAGCAAAUCAUAGACUAUCUUUACUAAAACCCUAUGAUUGAAGAAGUAGAUUUAGAUUUGUCUCAUAACAUGAUUCAGCCUAACACAGCUAAAUACUUCUGUUUGCUUAAGUAAAGCAACAUAAAAAAAUUAACUCUUAGACUAGGAAAUAACUUUUUAGGCAUAGAUGGCACUAAAUACAUUUGUGACAUUAUUGAAUAUAAUUCAAUUCACUUGAAAGAAUUGUUUUUAGGACUUGAUUUUAAUUUCAUAGGAAAUAGUGCCUUAUAAAUCAUAUAAAACUCACUAACUAAAAAUAGUAACUUGCUGAAUUUAAAUAUUUUUAUGAAGGGUAAUUAAAUUAAAACUGAGUUUGUUAGUUUUAUUGAGUUAUAUUUACAGUAGCACCCUUCUAUUAAAAACUUUAGCAUAUAAACUGAAAACUCAACGAUUGAUUAAUAAAAUAUUUGA